AUGUUGCUAGCCUCCGCGGUAGUGGUAUGGGAAUGGCUGAACGAGCACGGACGCUGGCGGCCCUACAGCCCGGCCGUCUCUCACCACAUCGAGGCAGUCAUCCGGAGCGACCCGCGGAGUGGUAGUGUGGUCCUGGGCCAGGUGGACUCCCGCCUCGCACCCUACAUCAUCGACUUGCAGUCCAUGCACCAGUUCCGACAAGACACAGGUACCCUUCGACCAGUGCGACGUAGCUUCUACGACCCCACCUCGGCGCCAGGCCAAGGGUGGCUGUGGGAGUGGGAGAACGACGCGGGGAGUUGGACAGCCUACGACACCGAGGUCGGCAUCGCCAUCCAGGCGGCACGGGACCGUCAGCAGCCCUGGCUGGACCUGGCGCCGCUGGGCUUCUGCUAUCUCAUUGACUUCCAGAGCAUGACGCAGAUCAACGGGCAGACCCAGCGCUGCCGACGAAUCCAGCGCCGCUCCGACCUCGCCUACCCCCUGGUCUCCGGCCCUCUGCCCAAGUCCCACCACGCCUGGGGCCCCACAUUCCACCCACCAGGCCCCGGGGGACUGCUGGGGGUGGGUGUCUCCGGCGUGGGCAUGGGGAUGGGAAUGAGCGGGGGGGCAUCCGGCAAUGGGAGUGCCUACCCCAGCGGAGCGCUUCCCGCCUCGGCCAUCACCUCGCUGGGACAGCCCUGCGCCUGUCAGCAGUGCAUGCUGGUGCUGAGCGUCAAGGCGGGCGCCAUGUCCGCCGCUCACACCCUGGGUCGGAGGCCGCACCAGAUCAAGCCGCCUAGUCCCAAACUGGGGAGUUACUGGGCGCCAGGAGGGUCUUACUCGCUGACGCUGCCCCGACCACCAACCCUGUCACGCUCGCUCUCCCCUCACAGGACGUCUAUGGGCGGCGCUGGUCUUGGGGGUGUUGUCACUAGUUUUGGAGCCACCGCCGCCCUCUCCCUCUCCUCCACCCGGCCCCCUCCUCCCCCUCUGCCCCCUCCUCCGCCUCCCCCACCACCCUCCACAAUCCCCACAUCGGCCUCUGUCUCUGUCCAGCACCCCUCCGCCUCCCUCUCUGCCUCGUCCGCUCCGACCGCGCCCUCUGGCCCACCACCCGCUCUCGUCUCCACAGCGGCCUCCACUUGCACGCCCUCGCCCUCUGCCCGUGUCUUGGGCCCCGUGUCUUCGCCAGGUGCCGCCGCGUGCGCCGCCCCUCUGCCGCCACGUGCCAGCCUGGCAGGGCUGAGCCGCCCCGCCCUGCAGCGCAUCGCCAUGGCCCAGUCACGAGCUCUCAUCGCCUCUGGAGUACCGACGGUUCCCGUGAAGAACCUGAAUGGGUCCAGUCCUGUGCACCCUGCAUUGGCAGGUAUUACAGGCAUCCUGAUGAGCGCCGCGGGACUUCCGGUCUGUUUGACCCGCCCCCCGAAGCUGGUGCUCCACCCACCGCCUGUCAGCAAGAGUGACAUCAAACCAGUACCAGGCCUGGGCCACUGCUGCCGCAAGACCACCAAGAAACAGGCCCGCAAAGGUAAAACCCCCGAGGAGGUGGUGAAGAGGUACCUUCAGAAAGUCCGCAAUCCCCCUGAAGAAGACUGCACCAUCUGUAUGGAGGCCCUCGCCGGCCCCUCUGGGUACAAGGGCCCUGGGGUGGGAGGUAUUUCCAGGGCAGAAUCGGUGGGCCGUCUGGCUCAGUGCGGCCACCAGUACCACCUCCAGUGUCUCGUUGCCAUGUACAACAAUGGCAACAAGGACGGCAGCCUGCAGUGCCCGACCUGCAAAACCAUUUAUGGAGUUAAAACUGGCAACCAGCCUCCGGGCAAGAUGGAGUACCAUGUCAUCCCCCACUCGCUGCCCGGCCACCCUGACUGCAAAACCAUCCGAAUCAUCUACAACAUCCCCCCUGGCAUCCAGGGCCCGGAGCACCCAAACCCCGGCAAGCCCUUCACGGCACGCGGGUUCCCCAGACACUGCUACCUCCCCGACAGUGAGAAAGGCCGCAAGGUCCUGAGGCUGCUGCUGGUGGCGUGGGAUCGCCGGCUGAUUUUCUCAGUGGGGACGUCCAGCACCACCGGUGAGUCGGACACAGUCAUCUGGAACGAGGUGCACCACAAGACCGAGUUUGGCUCCAACCUGACAGGCCACGGCUACCCAGACCCCGGCCACCUGGACAACGUCCUGGAGGAGCUUAAGGCGCAGGGCAUCACGGAGGAGGAGUGCCUACCCAGGGACUGAGGGGCCCGGACAGGAAGACCGAUGGGAGACAUUCCAGUGGAGAGAGUCGGGAGCCUGAGCAGAAAACCUGCAGAAAAUUCACAAAGCAAAGACUGAGGGCUUGAGCCUUUAAACAACACAAUGCUGUGAGAUAAGCUGAUCCCUCUUGCAGAGGAAUAGACCAAGUGAAAAAACAAAAAAAUCAAAAUUUCCGACUAG